AUGAACAGUGCACUACCCUACAAUUCCCUCCCCGGCCGGCCAAGCCCGAGGACUGCAGAUUGGGAAGGGGUCCCAGCAUCGCGGAGGCUUUCCUCUCCCAGGGGUCUGAGCCUCUCGGUGCCCCCGGCACUGCCUCGUCGUCCCUCGGCACCCCCCGGCAUCCUACUCUCCCCCUUCCAGCAGCAACAGCGGCCACACCAGCGCCUCUCUGUGUCGCUGUGCUCCGAAGCCUCGCUGGCACCCCCACCGCAACCUGAGGCAGUACCUUGCUGCAUGCCCGUAGGCAUCAUGCCCAUCCUGCGCCUCGCCCUCCUCGUCUUCAGCUGCCUCUUCUGGGCGGUGGGGCUGGCCAUCUUCACAUUGGGUGUCUGGGCACAGGUCUCCCUGGCCAACUACAUGCUGUUGUCGGCAAACCAUUACCCCAAUGCGCCGAUCAUCCUGCUGACAACUGGAGCUGCCAUCACUACCUGGGGCUUUCUGGGCUGCUUGGGGACUGCUGCCAAGUCGCCCUGUUUACUUCGAGCCUAUGGCGUGUUUCAACUGGCUGCCUUGGUGGCAGGGUUGGCUGCCGGCCUGUCCGGACUCUUCUACCGCGAGGACAUCGCCGAAGGGUUUCGCAGUGGACUGCAGAGGGCCGUUGAAGCAUACGGUGAUGACGACGGGCGGGCCAAUGCACUGGACAGCCUGCAGAGGGCGCUCAAGUGCUGUGGAGCUAAGGGGUGGCAGGACUGGCAGGCCUCAGAGUGGGUUGUACUGGACAUCGGCGCAGACAAUGUCUCUUCCAUCUCCGUGCCGGACAGCUGCUGCGUGCGUCGUAAAGGCUGCAGGAACAGGCCCCUACCUCCAGGGGGCGGUGGCACUGCAGAAGCGGGGGGUAUCCACCCUGAUGGCUGUUUCCGCAAGGUCUUCAGCAUUGUUAAUGACAACGUCUUCCACAUCGCUGCAACUGUGCUCGCGUUGGCCUUUACCCAGGCUGCAGGCAUCGCCCUGGCCUGCUUGUUGGCCAACCGCCUGGCUCUCAGGCCACAGCGUGGGGCCGUAAUACAGCCAUAA